UCAUUUACUUUCGCAUGUUUUUCUAUUUGUUGCUCACUACCUGUAGCAGUAGCAUAUGUGCUGAGUGUGCAGACAGACAUUCUAACCACAGCUUUAUUCCUCAGGUACAUAUAAAACACAUCACACUCUGUACAGAGGGAGUUUGAACAGCAGUGAGGUGGUGCUAAUCUGCCAUUCUCUGAGCUCAUACAGAAAAGCUUCUUGGCAAUGGGAGCCAUUGUCUAUGACAAAUGUAAUCUUUGUGGCCUCAGCUGAUAAAUACAAGAAUGCUUCGAUUUCCACGGAGGUAGAUAAAGAGAGAUUCUCAUCUGAGCGCUAUGAUGGAUCUAAUUUCCCUCUGAGAAUCUCACCAGUGAAGUUUGGAGACAGUGGAAGGUACUUCUGUCACUGCGAUGCCCACAGCAACCUGAUGGCCUCAGUAACUCUGGUAACUGUUCAGGUCUCAUCAGUGCCCCCUGGUGGUCUGUCCAGGAAUCAGUCAGUUGUGCUGAACUGUGAGAUAUCACAGGUGAUCGGCUCUGUGACCCUGGCCUGGCUCCGGAUGAAGGGGGGCAGGGGGGAGCUCGUAAAACAGGAGGUCCUGAGUCAGGGGCACCCAAAAAAUAUGCUCAGUCUCACCCUUCCCAUUCUGAGUAGAGACCAGCUGCACUGGGCCUGUGCGGUGUUCACAGAGAGCAUGCUCAGAGCACAGGUCCCCCUGCACCUCACACUGACAACACCCGUCACUGAACCUGAAGAGUCAAAGUCAGAUAAUGGAUGGGUGCUGGUGAUCGGUUUGGCCUGUACUGCUGCUGUGUGUGUUGGAGUGCUGUUGCUGUUGUUUCUGUUGUUUCGGCGUCUGAAAACAGCAGCGGGUCCGUCCACAUCACCAGCUGAAGGGAACGGUGCAGCUGAUGCAGUCUACAGUGACGUCACAGAUCUGCAGCAGGGUCAAGUGGAUGGGAAUGGUGAUUCCAGUGCAGCUGCUGCAGUCUACAGUAACGUCGCAGAGCUACAGAAAGAUCAAGGAAACCAGGAUUCCCAUAAAGAGGAGAAUGAAAGUGAGGAACUCCAAUACUUAAUAUUUUCCUUGUCCACUCCCAGUCUGGACCCUCACAGACAACAACGGAGGCAGUUGAACCCCCAGUCUCGUUCUGAACAAGAAGAAAAUGAUAAAGUGAUCUAUGCAAGCGUCUGCAAAACGUAAUAUGGAUAAUUGAUUCAAAUUCAAUGAUUCAAAUGGAUAAAUGAAACAAAAAGCCCACAUUUAAAACUUGACAUUUCAAGUCUGUUCAGUGCAACUCCAUUAGAGAUGGAAAAAGACAAUUUGCAGAUCUUACCGAGAUCUUUUACUAUGUGAAUAUAUCUUUCUUGCUAAAGGCAGCUUUUACAUGCAUCUUAUAAUAUGUAGAUUUUCACUGUGAAGAGUACAGUUGUAUUCAGGAAAAUAUAAAUGCCUGCGCAUUUUUUUAUAUUGUUUAUUUUAUUUAUUUAUUUUUUGUAGUUUUUUGUUUUACUGUGUUUAGAAAAAAUUGUUUUCCAGUUUGUCGAUUAUUCAAUAUAUUAACAGCAGGGAGGGAUAUUGAUCACAAAUUAAACAACAGCCCAAAAACGUACUUAUUUAUGUGCAGGGUAGUAGUGUCUGGCUAUGGUGGUGUGCUCUUCAGUGUGCUUUUAUCUGUUGUUAAGAAAUAUACUUUUUAUUUUUAAUAAUAAAGCAGCUGUAACAGGAACUACAUUAGUCAUUAUAUGACAGUUAUUGACUGUGCCACUGACAGCACAUGCAGCGUCUUCUGGGCCAAACCGUGUGAGAUUUCUCUGUCCCUCAGCCCCAGUGUCACUGCAGGCAGAGCAGAUAAAGCUGAGUCCUGAUUACCUGGCUGCCUACAGCUGUGACUGCAAGGGAUUUGCUCCCUUCCUGAUUUCCUCUAUUAUUGCAUAUUUGUCAAACGGAAUUGUUUCAGACCUUCAGACAAAUUUUUAUAUUAGACAAAGGGAAACUGAGUAAACAUAAAAGACAUUUUUUAAAAUGAUUUUGUUGAUUUAAUGAAACAAAGUUAUCAAACACCCAUGUCAACCAUGUGAGAGAGUACUUUCCCUUAGUUAAUCUAUCGACCAAUUAACCAAAUUUUAUUGAUAGCUACAUUCAGCUUAUUGCACUAAGGCAGGCUUGCAAGGUUUCUACAAUUAAGCUAUGCCACAAGUAAGCUAUGCACACAGACUCAAUAGAUUUCAGUCUGAUUUGAAUUGCUUACACCCAGCUAGUCAAUAGGUAUGUCAGAUGAGGGAGGAUCAUUGUGAUCAUUUUGCAGCUUCAGUGGUCAAACUGUUCCUAAUAGAUCUCAAAUUUGACAGGUUAAAUUCUACUCGAUUGGCCACCUUUUUACCGGUUUUUUGUUUAAGAAGAGUUGAGAAUCAAUUGUGAUUCCAAGGUAUUUAACUCAGUGACUACCUUGAAUUUCUCUCCAGAUACACAGACUUCUGCUUCUGCCUCUUUUUUGAAAAACAUGCAGUCAAGUGUAUUCAUAUGUUAAACAAUUUGUCUGCCACAAGGGACUAAAAUCUAUUCCAUAUAAUUUAUUGAUAAACACUUCACUCCUGAUGAUAUUUCAAUAUCAUUUCUGUGAGCAAUAAAAGGAGACAUCAUUGUAUCACCUAAAGUAAGCAUGUUAAAUGCCGGGUCUUCAGGCUUCAACAGUCACAGAUUGCACAGUGCCGAGCACAGUGAAACAGAAAUAUAGGUAGUGAUAUUACACAGGAAAGACUCAAGCUUGCGCAAGCUGUUGCAGAAUGUAGCUGAGCCGAAACAGUUGGUACUUCCUCCUUUGUUCAGCCAUUUCCUGUAAAGUAUACGCCUGUAAAAAGGCUAGACACCAGUAAGAAGGGCUGCAUAGGGCAUCGGCCAUGGCAAUGGUACUGUUGUGGACCCUGUUGUGGAUAUCAGGAUACUGUCACAGACUUUCAGCUGAUGAAAAGCUGAGGUAUAAAUACUUCCUUUCUGGGGAGAGACAGAGGGUCUCUCUACAAGUUCCUGCUGAGACCAACGGGACAGAAUUCAUCUGGGAGUAUUUGUAAAUGCAAUCCUUGUGGCCUCAGCUGAUAAAUACGAGAAUGCUUCGAUUUCCAUGGAGGUAGAUAAAGAGAGAUUCUCAUCUGAGCGCUACGAUGGAUAUAAUUUCCCUCUGAGAAUCUCACCAGUGAAGUUUGGAGAGAGUGGAAGGUACUUCUGUUUUUGUGAAUCCUACCCAAUGGCCUCAGUAACUCUGGGAACUGUUCAGGUCUCAGCAGAGCCCCCUGGUGGUCUAUCCAGGAAUCAGUCAUUUGUGCUGAACUGUGAGAUAUCACAGGGCCCUAGUGGUCAGCUCAUGCUUUAAGGCCCAGGGGCCCUAGUGGUCAGCUCACUCUUUAAAUACCAAGGGUCCUGGGGGCCCUCACAUUGUAAGCGGCGAGGGGUCUGGGGGGCCCUAGUGGUGAGCUCACAUUUUAAACACCAAGGGGCCCGGGGACCCUUACGUUGCAAGCGCUGAGGAGUCUGGGGGGCCCUAGUGGUUAGCUCAUGCUAUAAGCACCCAGGGGCCUAGUGGUCAGCUUGCGCUGUGCGCACUGAGGGCCCUGGCGUUCAGCUUCCUUCGGAAGUCUCGGGCCACGCACCACCGCACGCGGCCUGAGGCCUGGAGGCCCCCUGGCAGUCCGAGGCCCCGGGGCACUGGCCCCACUGGCCCGGUCCAUAAUCCAGCCAUGCCUGAACCCUAACGUCUGUGUAUUACUACAGGUACAUCAGCUGCUCCUGAAAAAAAAAUGCAAAAAACGUUUUAUUUUAGAUUGCUGUCAAUUCAUGUAGUUUUUGUAUCCUUUCUAUAAUUGUUUUUAAUGUUUGGUGUCUGUAUAAUACCUGGUUGUUUUUUAACUCUUUAUUCUUGAUGCUUUUGUCAGUUUAUUUUCUCUUGGUUGGAAAUAGCUCUGCAGACCCUUUAUAAAAAGCACUAUCAAAAUAAAGCAUCUUACUCAUUUUC